AUGGCCUCGCGCCGCAGUACGGUGACCGGGAGGACCAGGUUCGACGAGGAGGCUCAACUCCUAAACGGCAACGACGCCUAUGAACUUGAUGAAGACCCCCCCACUGCCCAGAGACCGAGGGAUUCGGCCGGUUCGAAGCCAAGCAGAAGAAUCUCAAUUUGGAGCCGGCAGCAUGCGCCGAGAUGGCUCGCCUUCCUCUACGGGCCAGACCCGCCCAAGAUCUACUCUCUCAAACCCAUAUUUCCAGCGGUCCAGGAGCUUCCCGUGAAGUGGCUUGAGCGGGCUUUGCCACAGUCAUGGCAACGGGUCAUCCUGCUGAUCCUGUUCCUCGUCGCUUGGGCGCUAUCUCUCGCCGUGCCCCUGAUCUUGAGCAAAGGCGCUGCCAGGGACGCAUCCGGAACAGUCAUCCGCCAUAUCGACUGCAUCGACACUCUCUGGCGGCGCAACAACGAGUGCGGCCUUGACGGCGUCGACUGCCGGCCCUUUUCCAACACCUCGUUCGCCUUUCGCUGCCCGGCCGACUGUGCCAGCGUGCGGGUGCUCAACCCGCACCAUGUCGGCCCGCAGGACGUCAACUUCCGGCCCCUGGUCAUUGGCGGCGGCGGCGAGGGGAGCCAAGGCAUCUACCGCGGCGACUCGUUUCUGUGUGGCGCUGCCAUCCACGCCGGCGUAAUCGACGACGCCACCGGCGGCUGCGGAGUCGUCACGCUGGUCGGGGAGUACUACCGCUUCUUCGCCUCGUCGCAGCACGGCAUCGAGUCCAUCCCCUUUGACUCGUACUUCCCGCUGUCCUUCACCGUCGCCGCCGACCCGGCAGUCAAGUGCACCGCCCUGGACCCGCGCUGGACCGUUUCCCUCCCGCUCUCGCUCCUUUUCACCCUGCUCCUCUCCGUCCUCACCACCUCCGCCCCCGUCCUCUACUUCACCGCCUUCCUAGGCAUCUUCUCCCACGUCGCGCUGGUUUCAGACCCGCCGAACCUCUCCUCCCCGUCCUCCACCCUCCUCCCUUCCCUAACGUCCCACUUCGCAGGCCGCCUCCUGCCCGCCCUCGCCUGCGCGGCACUCAUCUACCUGACGUGCGCCCGCCGCGCGCUUUCCCGUCUCCCUGCCUCCGCCAACCUGGAAAAAGCCCUCUGCUGGACACGGUUUAGGGGUUGGUUUUCGGAGCGGCCUUUGGAAGGGCAGGCUUUUGCAUGGACGAGGAGGGCGGGAGGAACCGUGGCCGAUGAGUACUUCCGCUUUGGGUUUCUUACUACCGGUGGGAGGGCGCUGGACUAUACCCGGGCGGGAACGUGGUUUGUGAAUGGGACGUGGAGCCAGGGAGAUGGGUGA